AUGUUUCUCAAGCCUAUUCAACUCUAGAUUCGAAGAUCGUAUGUGGUCAACCUCCAACAAAAAUAUUAUCAUGCUUUUAGAUCUUUUCCUCACAAUAUCGUACAAAACUGUCACAGUAAUGCGUACAAUUCAGUUUGGAUACUCAACUGAGAAGUUUCAACCUGUGUUGCAGGCUGUGUUCAAACUCUAAUAAUGCUCAUCAUAACUUUCAUUUAAUUUUACAACUAUUGCUAAUAUACUUCGCGAGAGCUUUCCAAACAGUAAAAUACGAAAACGUCCCACCAGUGACUAAUUGACAGCUCCUGUCUAUAGUACAGUUGUCACUAAAGACACAAAAGAAAGUUUGCAGUAUAGUAGGAACUCUUCUAGAAAUAAAUACACAAGUAUCUUCAAACUCCUUUUCUAUAUAGCUUUGGAACAACUAGAGUCAACAACAAGACAAGUUUGCAACGGCGUCGUCCUUGACAAACAAAUUCCAACUAUUGAAGCAAAGCGUGCUUUGACUCUUUUGCCAAUCCACUACAGAGAGCGGGGUUCAUCCACUCUUUCUUUUCAAAUUUUUCUUCUAACAAUUUUGUCAAUAUCGUCUUUCGAGUGGCACUGAGCAUCGUCAACUUGAAUACUGUCAUAUAUAACAGGAUGGAGAAGUGACCUUGACUUAAAAAGAGCUCGUAAUAUUUUAUGUGUAUAUUUAGGCUUACCUUUCUUGACUACAACUUUCAGAACGGUCUAUUGAUUCGUCAUCGAUGCGAUAGAAACACAGACCGUUGUAACUUUUGGUACUCAAUCCUUCUUCCCUUUCUGUUGAAGCCCUGCCUUCUGUAUACUUUCCUAUUCUACAACUGGGUACACCAUUACUUCUUCGCGAUUCAUCAGCCCAAAAGGACGGCUCCUUGACCUUCAUUUAUACAUAAGAAAAGGUUACAGUUCUCAUACCACAAGUUAAACGAGUUACUCCCAUUGAAAGUUGGAAAAUGAUCUUUGCACUUUGAAGCAGUUUUCCGAGGUUUUUCAAGGCCAAAGGAAGACUCUCGGAUUGAGAACAAGUCAAAAGCUAGUUCUAGCAAAACCCGUUUUUGGUUUGCUAUCGAAAUUGGGUUCCAGUAAGUUUGAAAUUUACCUUGUAAAGAUAGUUUUGGUCAAACUCAGCUCUGUUAAAAGCUAUAGUGUUGCUAGUGAGUCGAAGGAAGCUUCUUACAACAAAGUCUUUCUUCUUUUACAAAAUUACGUGUGGUGUUAGAUUGAUUGUAUCGAGGCCAUUAACUGUCUCAGUAGCUUUGUAUAUGUCUCCAAUUGAAUACUUUUUUUAAAACUCACCAGACAUAAAAGAUAGUAUAUCUCCGGUAAAACGAGAAAGUUACAUAACAACCCCUCACCGUCGUUGGUUGAAAGUGAGAAUGAUUUAUGGCUGACUAAAACUCCGUAAAGGUUUGAUAUUGUAUCAUUCUCCUUCAGUUGUUUCUCGUUGAAUUCGCUAAAGUAUAUUGUAAAGUCACAAAAUCGGCUAAGUUCGUUGAUCGUUAAAUACAAUUUUU